GAGGCUUUGUCUCUGGGGUUGGAGGUUCGGCUGCCCAGGGGAGCUUCAGGUCCUGUGGCCUGCACCUCAGUGCUCCCUCUGUGGAGAGGCUAGCCCUGUCUGCCCCCCUGCCCUCUGACAGCUCUGUGUCUGGAGAAAGUGGACAUCCAAUCUCAUCUUCCUGCUCUCCCUCUCGUCAGGGACCACCAGUACUCUUCUCUGAAAUUCAUCCUCACCCCCAACCUCACCCCCUUGCCAACACUCAACCACAGUCUGCCCCAGAUGCUACAUCCCUGGACAGGGGGGGCCAGCUGGUUUCUACCCAGGAUGGAGGGACCUUAGCCAGGGAGGCUUGCGACCACAUGGAGGGUAACGCUGGAGAGGAGGAAGAGGAGUGUCCAGUGAGAGACACCAGCGCCCAGACCUGCUUUAACAUACAAACACACACCCAGCUGGCAUACACACACCCACACACACACAUAGAUCCAGUGCCUGUACAGGCAUACUUACAAAACACACAUCCAGGUGUGGCUCCCAACCACACACACUCGUACACACGCCUGCCGCUGGCGCUGGGCUCUAAGGGCUGUAGUCCAGAGGGAACCGCUCGGAAGGUGAUGACUGUUCAGUACCUCCUUGGAGAGUUGAAGGCUCUGCUCGCUGGCCAAGACAGUGUAGCAGAGCGUCUGGUGUGUGAGCUGGAGCAGACAGUGUCUCUACUUCCUGUCAUGGUGGGCAGCUCUAACAUCCAGGCUGAGAUUGCUCUGGUCCUGCAACCUCUACGCAGUGAGAACGCACUGCUACGCAGGCGUCUGAGGAUAGUGAACCAACAGUUGCGGGAGAGAGAGCGAGCAGAGAGGGAGGCCAGAGAUGUCCACUGUGACACUGACAUGUCGGCUCUGCAGUCGGAGCUCAACGAUGCUCACACAAGCCUGCAAGAGCUGCAGCGCGGCAACACUGAGCUACGGCAAGCCCUGGUGGACACACAGAGCCAGCUGCAGCAGAGUGAGGCGGAGUGCAGUCGUAUCAGUAAAGACGUGCAGUCUGCUCUGGGUGAGGUGCAGGGCUGUAACCACAGGCUGCAGGAGUGUCAGAAGGAGAAUGCUGCACUGGCACUCAAUACCCAGAAGAGGAAGACAGAGAUCCACACACUACAGGAGCACCUCAGAGCUCUACAGGUCCCUGUCACUGAGUUUCCUGCUGUGACUGACAUCCCUACGUCCCGCCUCCCUCUCACUAAACGAGCUCUGGACCAAUACCAGGACCAGCAGGGUCCGUCAGACCACCCAGUCAGCCAAUACCUGUGGUCGUUGGAGCAGAAGGGGUGUGGUUCUGUCUCCCUGCCCUGUAAAGGCCCUGAGUGCCACUACACACACCAGCAGGACUUCAGUGUGUGUACACCAGGUGGUCAGAGUGUGUGUGCGUCUGCGGAUCAGGAAGUGGGUCUGUGUGUGGCUCUGGAAAGAAAAGCCACCCCACCUUUGGCCUUCGCCCCACUGAGAGAGACUGUGAGGUCACCACUUCCUGUUGAGGGGUUACCACUUACUGUGAUGAUGUCACAGAGAGGAGGAGGACCACAGGGUCUUCAGAGCCUUAGUGUUGCCCUCGAGGGUUUCCCUCAAUUAAAAAGCCUAUUAUCUAAUCUCCACCAAUCAAACGGACUCUGCUCUAAUGGCGCUGGACACUCUGACCUGUCCCAGAGUCACCGGCGCCGUCUGGACAUGGAUAUGGCAUCACCGGGCAAGGGGCGGAACUCUUCGCUUGACUCCACUGGCCUCUCCUUAUGUGAGGUCAGAUCCUUGGCUUCUGAUUGGAGUGCAGGGUCAAGCUCGACCUUUGACACGCGUGACGAACAGGAGUUCCGGAACGGGCUGGCCGCUCUGGAUGCCAGCAUUGCCAGCUUGCAGAGAACUAUAAAGCAGGACCUCAAGCGAUAAGACAGAGACACACACACACACACCGAGGUAGUCUGAAUCUAUUCCAAUGUAAUAAAAUAACCAAUGUCUUUUUUUAGGUUUCUUUUUAAUUGUACUUUAUUUGAAUGAAAUGGCAAAUUAAAUAGUUAUUCUUUUUUCGUUACUAUUUAUUCUUUACUUUAAAGACGGGUUACCUGAGAACUUCAGGAAAACGAAGCACACGCUUCAAUGGGGCAGAAGGCCAUGUGUUGUGAUUCUGGAUGGCCAGACAGCAACAAUGACACGAUGCCAUGUGUUGUGAUUCUGGAUGGCCAGACAGCAACAAUGACACGAUGCCAUGUGUUGUGAUUCUGGAUGGCCAGACAGCAACAAUGACACGAUGCCAUGUGUUGUGAUUCUGGAUGGCCAGACAGCAACAAUGACACGAUGCCAUGUGUUGUGAUUCUAGAUGGCCAGACAGCAACAAUGACACGAUGCCAUGUGUUGUGAUUCUGGAUGGCCAGACAGCAACAAUGACACGAUGCCAUGUGUUGUGAUUCUGGAUGGCCAGACAGCAACAAUGACACGAUGCCAUGUGUUGUGAUUCUGGAUGGCCAGACAGCAACAAUGACACGAUGCCAUGUGUUGUGAUUCUGGAUGGCCAGACAGCAACAAUGACACGAUGCCAUGUGUUGUGAUUCUGGAUGGCCAGACAGCAACAAUGACACGAUGCCAUGUGUUGUGAUUCUGGAUGGCCAGACAGCAACAAUGACACGAUGCCAUGUGUUGUGAUUCUGGAUGGCCAGACAGCAACAAUGACACGAUGCCAUGUGUUGUGAUUCUGGAUGGCCAGACAGCAACAAUGACACGAUGCCAUGUGGGGAAUCGUAAGCGGCUCAUUUCAGCUAGUUCUAUUUGUUUUUAUAUCAUGUUUUGACUGAGCUAGCUAACCAACAACUGUAAUGGUGGAUUUGAGAGACAAGUGCUCAUUGUACAACUUCAUUUAUGUUUUCAAUAAACAUUGGAGAAGAAAUAUA